CUCAACUCGUCGUAGCGAGCGCGCGGACGCGUUCACCUACCUAUCGGAAUUGCCUGUCUUCGUCGUCGUUGUCGGCGGCGGCGAUGCUAUUCUCGCGAGCCUGCGACUCGCGGGCGAGCGAAAAACGUACGUCGCGGCGGAUGACGCCGUGGGUUAGAUAGAUACGCGGUAGUCCCACGAUACGAGGACUCUUGCGAUAGGUAGAUCGGAUCGGUCUCUAACCGCGAGAGGGAAGACGCGCCCGUCUCGUACGGCGCGCAUCAAUGGCGGACGCCGACCCUUAUAUUUACCCGAGUCCCCAAAAUGGCCGCCCUUCGGAUUUUCGCACGCGGCAGCCUCGCGACGAUCCUCAAAUCCUCGUGGACGACGAGUCACGUCGCGCCAAUAGUUCCUCAGAUUCAACAGAGAUGGAGCAGCUACAAAUCAUCUCCCACAUAUACUAAACCUUCAAAUUACACCAAAUAUGAAAUUACAAAAGAUCCAGAUGAAUGGAAAUAUGUAGAGCGCGUGCUUAGAUAUAAAAUUGUACCUGAACCACCCACUGGAGAUGUUGAACUAUCAUCUGGCUAUAAACCUGCACGUGCAUCACCCACGGAUUAUUCCUAUUUCAUAGAACGUACCAGAAAUUAUAUGCAGCCUGUGUAUCUGGAUAGAUCGCACAGAGGAAUAAAAAUAACUACAAAGCUUAAGAAAAUUCAAGGAGAUAUAUGGGCAUUGGAUCGUGACAUUAAAGAAUACUUAGAGAAAUGUAAAGGACGAGUACCUCCUAGCCAGAUACAUGAAUUUGCUGGUAUAAUUAAAUUUAAGGGUGACUGCGUUAAUCGCAUUAAAGACUGGAUGAACAUAAAAGGAUUCUAAAAAUCACCAGGAAAAGAUAUUUCCAUAAUAAAUUGUUAUAACAUAUGUAAAUAUGCAAUAAACAGUAAAUCUUUGUUAUAAAAUA